UACACUUCCGGGUCCUGAGCUCCAGCUUUGAAGCUGUGGCUGAGCUUCAACCCGGAGUUGACCGCCGACAUGAGAUUUCGGAAUAUCAGCAGCGGCCAUCCCGGCCAGAGCGCUUGUAUGAAGAUCAACAACCGCCGUGGCUCUUCAAGCCUCACCUACCUUUCAAAAAGAGAACAUCUACAAUACCACUGUUCCAUCAACGCAAGUAGAAUUACAGUAUGUGGUCUACCUAUUUGCAGACGCGCAUAGGCAGCGAAACGCCGGUCGGACCAGUUAGAAGGAUGGCGGUUACUUGCUUGAGCGGCUGCGCGGCUCAGCAUGAGGUUUGGGUAAGCGCUCGUGGAAUGAUAAAGCGGUCUAUUUCGGGCCUUUCCCAGGGAUCCACUGCGAGAUUACGCUGAAACAGACCCGAGAUGUCGUUCAUCAAUACCUGGAUGCCCGUCUGGCGCUCAUUUCAUGAAGCGCCCGCGAAGUUGUGGGUAUGCGUACGAGCCUCACAGUUUCCAAUUGUUUUAAUUGUAUACGCGCUUUAUCGGAUGUCGUGCAUAGUAAGGAUUUUUUCAGCCUCAUUCGUCGUUCUAUUCUCCUCCCUCAUGUUAAGCACUUAUAGUUUUGGUAUGGAUUUUUCUUGGAAACCAACAUUUUUCGGGAUAUUUUCAUCGAGCCGCAGCCCCUGCAUGCCUCAAUCCAAAGUAUCGGGAACCAACACUCCCGUGCAGGCAUGAUUCCUAAAUGCUUCAAUAUCCAGGUUUAGGUUCAAUCAUUGUCCCGUAGGAAUGCAGCGUUGGAGGUAUUUCGACAAAGGCGGAGGAUCAUCUUUCAUUUGUCCCGGGGUAUCUUCCAUCCUGUUGUUGGUUGAGGGACAGAAAAGAUCAAGAUGAUCUGUCAUGUUCUUCAAAUAUCCUUUGUAUUUCUUGAGGUUCAUGUGCUGCCUAAUAAUAAUUGAUUGUCCUGAAAGAAUUGACAAGAUUCCAUUCAUGUCUCGUCGCACUACUUGUUUUCGCACCAACUUCUAAUGAUAAGGGCAGCGUUACAUUCCCAUGUAUUCUCCGACGCCCCCAAGUUCCCGUGAACGGCUGUCUUUUUGCAAGGUGCUCUUGUCAUCCUAUUUUAUCUUGCAGUUAAUGUAUCGAGUGUCCUUCUGGAAUCGCCCAGCAUUUGGUCUACAUUACGAUCGAUAUUUCAGAGGAUUUACGAGUUAUCAAGAAGACUGGUGUUUUCCGAGGAGCAGAGUUAAAUCGGUCUUGGCGGCAAGGCAUUGAAACCCUUGCCCUCCACCUACCUACAUUCCAGCACACAUCUGCUCGGCAGAGUCUUAUUCAACAGGCGCGGUCUUCAUGACAGGCUCUUUGCUUUUAGGCUGUUUAAGCUGAGAAAUUUCAUUACUUGGAGCGAUUAUCUUUACCAAGCAAAAACCUAAGGGAAACACAAACACACGAUCCAUGAUCAAGGAAAGCAGGGCUGUAGAAAUUUCUCACUCUGUGAGCCCCGUCAAAAUAAUUACAGAAGGUGGCAUCAGACCGCCGAAUAAGGCAAAUUGUCGUUUUGCCUGCCCCUUUGUUGCUUACACCCUCCUGACUGCUUACAAGCCAGGCUUUGAAUCCACAUAUAGAAACUUGAUAACUGAUUCAUCGAUAGAUCUUCAAAAGUAGUAAACAGAAUCUCUAGGGUAGACUCGCCUUUAUUGAUCGCAUCUCGAGUUUCCCGUUUGCGUCCCAAUUCUGUGCUCUUUUCCACUCUGGGAAGAAGGCUUCCACCAACCGUGCAGACGCCAAUCAGCGGCCCUUCCCAUCCCGCUUCCCCAUCCCUAGCGUUAGAAGCAUACCAAUCAAAGCCUCUCGCUUCACCCAAUUCAAGCACCAUUCAGCCGCAGCUAGCUGUCGAUCGAUUAAACAAGGCUGAGGUCCCGUUCCGCAUUUCAAUUUCCUCAUCCCUGACCCAUCCAUCCUUCAUCAUCAUCUCCCCAGACUUGCUUCAUCUCGCCUUACGUUGGUCGACUGGACUAGCUUCAGGCCGAUUGAACUUGAGAGGAUGGCACCAACGAGGCUGAGGUUCGGCCAGCCGGGCAAGCCAAACAUCAUGAAGACGCCGAAUCCGGUAUAUGAUUUCUUCCGUCCAGAUCUCAUGAGUGAGUCGUAUGCGAUUGGAGAUGUCUACUCGACAGAGGUAGUACAGAAAGCACAGGAGCAGUGGAAUAUCCUCUCAAAUGAUGAGCAAAAGCUCUAUCCAUACCUCACCCACGUGAAGGCGUUGUCGAACACAUGGCCACAUCUUCGUCUUCUAGCGGACUUCAUGGAAGUUAGCACGACUCCACUACGUUGGAAAGAUCUCAGUACGACACACCCCACCCCUGGAGUGAAUAUUGAGCCAGAGGUUCGAAGAGAGCGAAUCAAGGACCGAAACGACAGGGCUUGUCGGACCAAUGUCAUGUUGUUGAAGUAUCUUGCAUCAGGACAGGUGACAGAGAUGCCAUGUCAGACGCCUACUGCACUUGUGGCUGCUCUUGAAGAAGAAAAUGUUGAGGAGAAGAAAGAGGAACGAGAAAGUGAAGAUUCUGGGGUAAAUGGCGGAGCAGCUCCAGUGGAAGAGUGCAAGUUAAGACUGUUCGUCGUGGAAGACCUCUCGCGAGACGUGAUUGAGGCACUGGGAUCCAGAUUAGACAUCGAGCCUGCGUUCUUCCGGGAACACAUAGUCGACUAUGCAUGGUGCAACAUACGCGAUCGGUGGCAAGAUCCUCCUAACAUGAGGGUUGCUGAAGGACAUCGACGAUGGGUGCAGUUGAAAUAUGUCACCGCGAGGUACUACAAGACUUCUGCCGAGUUUACGGAAGGUGUGAAGGAGGCGGAGAGAUUCAAUGUUCUAAGAAGACCGGACGAUGAUGUCAACAAUAAAGCAGUAUGGGACGAUAGGAAUGCUAUUGUUGGAAUUACGCGGAGUAGAGCCAGCUUUUGGUUGAAGAAAGGCGAGCAUGGUAAAGAGGAUGUUGGCGUUCUUCUCCUCGAUCCAACUAUUCAGAAAGGUACACCUUUGUGGUACGGGUAUCGUAAUUGGGAACCAACCCCAAGCAUGAAAUCCCCCGAUAUUCCCGCAGGCCCGCAACGCAAGUCUCUCUUCGAAGACUUCAUCUACUGGGCGAAGAAAGCCCCGGCAUCUCAAUUAACAAACCUCUCUAUUACCUCGAGUAAAUCCAGGACGGAUAUGCCCAUGCAAACCCUGCUCUAUCUCAUCUGUGCAGAUUGGCUCGCUAUUAGUGACUACAUUCGAACCCGCAUUGGCAUCAUCGAAUGGGAAAUAUCAAAUCCCGACCACUUCCUCAGCAAAGACUUCGGCAUCGACGAUGCCCUCAAAAAACUCCACGUUUGGCGGCGUCUUGUUCCUCUCUACCGCGAAAUGCUCACUGAUUCUCUACAACGCGUGUUCCGCGUACCUGUCCACGACACCAGCACAUCUGUGACACUGAACGGCAUCGAAUCCGCCCUCGCUCCAACUUCAACCUCGACACCACUCGCAUCAUCCCUCGCUCCAACCAGCAACCACCCCAUCAAAUCCGACUUCUCACGUGCUCUCUCCUACAUGGAAGAAUACCAGCAACGAAUUGACCGUCUAACCUCCGUCGUCACGGCCAUCAUCUCAAUCGAAGACUCGAGGCGCUCCCAAGAUGACAAUCGCAACGUGGCGCGGCUGACAUGGCUGGCGACGUUCUUCAUCCCGUUAAGCUAUGUGGCGAGUUUAUUCAGCAUGCAGGAGAACAUUGGGCAGUUGAGACCGACGAUGAGACUGUACUUUAAGUGGGCGGUCCCUGUGGCAGCGUUUGCAAUGGGAUUGGCAUGGAUAUUGACUCUGCCGUGGGUAUUGGGCGUUUUCAGACACUUAACUGGGAAGAAGAACAAGAGGAAAGUUUGAAUAAUAGGGUAAUGUAUAAUUUUGGGAAAGUGAGAAUUGCCCCUAAAUUUGCUAAAGCUUUUAUCGUAAUAUUAUGGUGUAACAUAACUGGCGUUUUGGGGCAUGGCGGUGGCUUUCUAACCAAGUAUGGGCAUGUUUACCUUGAAGCGACUUCUCUGAGACAUGCGUCUAGUUGCUGUUGGAAGUUGUGGCAUUGGUACAGAAACUGAAGUAAUCAAGAUAUCUCAUGAAUUUUCUGCAAUUUCGAGAUCAUCCAUUUUCCCC